AUGCUGACUGAAAAGAGGGUCCCGAAUAGACCAAAUGUGAGAAUAAUUCUGAUUUCGAAAUCGGAUCUUGGAUCUGGAAAUUUCACAACAAUGCAGAGGAUUAAAAAGGGAAUAAAUGACCUAAAAGAACAGGAUAUCUGUGUUUUCCAAAUGGGUCUGGAAACUAAAUCCAUUAACGAGAGAUUAUCAGAAACAAAUUGGAAUGGCUUAACAAUCCUAAUUGGACUAAAUAUUGAUCGCACUGCUUUUCUAUCAUCGUAUGUUUCAAGCAACACCAAACUCGUAUUUAUUUGCGGUGGUACAGAUGUCAACGAGAGUGUUAAAAAUCCAACUAAACUUCAGAGAAUGUCUGAAGCGAUCACAAGAAGCAGUGCUACUGUGGCCUUUGGCGUUUCCCUAAAAAAACAAUUUCUGUCCUUCUGGCCGGAGUAUAAAGGUCUUCUUCGAAUCAUCCCUCAAACCGCUUGUGUUAUCGAACCAACUCAAAUUCACUGCAAGUCAGUUAUAUCCUCAUUGGAAUCAAAAUUGGCUGUUACUCUUGAGAGCUUCAUUCUUUUCGCGGGUAGAUUAAGGCCCAUAAAGGAUCCAGCAUAUUCCUUAAAACCUUUUUUAAGACUAGCGGAAGACCGACGUGAUCUGCAUUUACAGCUUCUCUUUGUUGGCUCAGUUGUGAGUGGGUCUUACUUUGUCGUAAACAAACUAUUUCUAGGAAGAGUACUAUAUGAUUCAGUUCAAUGGGUUGAGUCCAUUCCGCAAUCAGAUCUCCAUGCUCUGAUGGCAUCAGCUAUUUGCUUAAUCAACUCGUCUCUCAGUGAAGGACAAGCUCUGAGUAUCAUUGAGGCUAUGGCUCUUGGGUGUCCCGUAGUAGCUCGACAUAUCCCCGGAAAUGUAGACCUCAUUGAGCAUGAAAAGACGGGUUUACUCUAUGACUCACAAGAGGGUAACAGAGCUGUUGAGACGUUUCGUGAUAGUCCAAUUGCUGGAUAUCGUAGAUUAGGUCUCAAGGAGUGCUUCGAAAGGCUCCUAGAUGAUCACAAACUCCGCAGUUUAAUCUCCAGAAAUGCGCGAAUGAAAUCCCGAGAUGCACUUCAAUAUCACAAAGAGGCAAACAGCUACCUCAAUCUUAUAGACGAGAUCCUCAGACAUGAUAUUUAA